GGUCUCCCGGCUCCUGCGGCCACGUUCACCACCCGAGCGGAGGCGAGGGGUCCGAAGCGGGAAAGCCUAGGGGUCGACCGCCUCUCACCGGACUAGUCGGGCUCCCGGUAUAGAGUUUGUUGAUGUGCAGGUUUUUUUGUUGGUGUGACCCUUAGUGACCUUCGCGAUGAAAGGCGAGGAAGGCUAGCCCUUUACAGCUAACGUCUGAGCGCUGCAAGGACACAGACAGUAGGAGCCACAGGACUGGGCUACAGUCUUCUGUGCUGGAUUCUUUCCUGGGGCGCUGCCCUCUCUCUACCUCACGGUUGUCGUGGGAGCCAUGAAGCUGAACAAGAGGAGUGUGGCCCACUACGCACUGAGUGAUUCUCCGGCGGACCACACUGGCUUUCUUCGUACUUGGGGAGGACCAGGCACCCCACCCACUCCCAGUGGCACUGGCCGAAGAUACUGGUUUGUUCUCAAGGGCAACCUGCUGUUCUCUUUUGAGAGUAGAGAAAGCCGGGCCCCCCUGAGCCUGGUGGUAUUAGAGGGCUGCACAGUGGAGCUGGCUGAGGCUCCUGUGCCUGAGGAAUUUGCCUUCACCAUUCGUUUUGAUGCCCCGGGAGUACGCCCACACCUGCUGGCGGCAGAUGGGCAGGUUGCCCAGGAGGCCUGGGUGAAGGCACUGUCUCGAGCCAGCUUUGGCUACAUGCGACUUGUGGUACGAGAACUGGAGAGCCAGCUGCAGGAUGCCCGUCAGAGCCUGGCCUUGCAUCGCUGGGCACCUCAGAAGGCUGUGGCCAGCUGCAGUAAGUCUCAGGCUCCUGACUGCCGGCCCCCGGUCCCCGAGAAUGGCCACUUUCUCCCCAGGGACCGCAGCUCCCCUGGUACUGUGGAAGAAAGGGGGAGCAGGUCAAUAGGUCGGGAUAUGACUGAGUGGGAGUUACAGGGCCCUGCCAGCCUCCUCCUAAGCAGAGGGCAGAGUCCUGUGUCCCCUGAGACUUCCUGUUUCUCUACCCUGCAUGACUGGUAUGGGAAGGAGAUCAUGGCUCUGAGGCAAGGGUGGCAGCAAAGAGCUGAGGGGAGCCAGCCAGAGAGCGAGCAACUGAACAGGCCCUGAGCUGGGGCCUUUUCAACUGUGGCCCUGUCCUGCUGGUCAGGACCCCAGGGUCAGAAUUUCAGGAGUUAAAUGCUUACUCGCUUACAGGUUACUGUGUGU